UCCUGAACUGUCACAAUGAACGCUUUAUAAAGCGCUCUCACCUCCCUUUCAGGACCUCGUCGCGCUGCACGCCUUUCAGAGCACUAUCAUGAUAACUCGAAUAUCGCGCCCUGCCUAAACAUCCUUCGAAAAGCAACAGAAAACCCAUCCUUACUCCGUUCGAUCUGCCCCGCAUGUUCGGAGAGUCCGACUCAGAGUCUCCCCGUGUACCCAGCCCUUGGGACUCGCUCUUGUCGACACCCGCCUCGGCGUCCCCCUCCCCGCUCUCGAAGAGCCCGAGCCCGAUCACCGUCAGCGCGGUUCCCAAACUCGUUCCCGAAUCCGAUGACGGCAACGUCGAGUACAAGCUGCAACUGCUGUCCCCCUCUCCUGCUCGCUUUGCACGCCUCGUCACGCAGAUGAAGUGGCGGCUGCUGGAGGGGGGCGGUCAGGCGUACUACGAGCUCGGCGUUGCGGACUCGGGCGCGCUCAUUGGACUUCCCCGCAACGAGCUAGAGCAGUCACUGGAGACGCUCGAGAUGAUGGCCGGGGAAAUCGGCGCGAGCGUCAUCAUCGUCAAAGAGGUCGAAGUCCCCCCUGCCAUGGCGCUCCUCCUCGAGAACGACAGGGUGCACCACCGGCGUCGACGACGGCGUGAACAGAACGGUGGUAGCGGGGACGAGUCCGCAUCCACCCUGACUGCGACGGAGACGGAGCAGGAGACUACCACGGAGCCCGAGACGGAGACCGACGCGGAGGAUCUAUCCGCCACUGUCGUGCUGCAGCGUCCGGACGACAGCGACAACGAGCUCGGCAUGUUCUCCAUGGACCCAGAGCCCGACAAUAUGGACCCUUACCUCACCCACACACCCAUCGACCUCGAGAUAGCGUCUGUCUAUAAGCCUCGCCCUAUGCGGACACGUGCGUCGCCGCCCAUCCCCCUUCGUGCUGGAAAGACGAAGCGGGGGAAGAAGAACAGCAACAAGAAGUUUGGAAGCGACCUCGUGUCCUCGCCGCCGGCUCAGAAGGGUCAGCAGCAGGAUAACAAGGGCAGUCGCUAUCAGCGUAAUCCAGACAAGGCGCUGCAUAGGAAACAAGCGCGCGACAGACGACGUGAGGAGCGGCGGCGGGCGCUUAUGGUCUACGCAACCGGGCAGGAGGUCCCCUCGCAGGAACACGGCUCCCAGGAGGCGAAUGCUCCGGGCCUGGAUCAGGCCGAGGAGGUUCUUCUUCCACAGCUUGAGGGCUUGCAUGUCGGACUGGACGAUCCGAUGGUCGUUUCGUCUGCGGCCGACGUUGACGUGCCCGUCCUCCAGCUUGGGGAUGAGCCUGUCGAGGUCGCGGCAGAGGACGAUGACGACGACGUCUUUCCGGCGCCGCGCUUCCCCUCGUCCUCCCAUGUUUCCCAGGUUGAGACGGAUGGGCCAGUAAUGGUGGAGAAGAAUGGCGAAAAUCAGCCAAGGCUGAUCGUCGAGGCGUUGGUUGUUCGAAAGAUGUCUCUUGACGAGGCGUUCUUGGAUUUCGAAGGGUUCAUCUUGACAUGAUCACCUACCCUCUUGUGCUACUGGCGCAUGCGCCGAAAUGUAGAGUAUACCUCUCGCGCCGUACAUACAUCGUGCUGGGUAUACUGCGUCUCUUCCCCGAUCGCCUAGAUAUCAUCACAGUCGCUUGACAAUUCAUAUUCUUUCAUGACACCA